AUGUCCAAGGUCCCCACUGAUAUCUAUGACGAAUCUGAUUGUAUCUGUUCCUAUGGGAUGAAGCUCACCUGGGAUAUUAAUGAUCCAAAACUCCCACAGGACCUCAAGCAGUAUGACCCCUUCCAGGAGUGGACAGACGGCUACGUGCGCUUCAUAUACAGCGGAGACGAUAAGAACGCUCAGCGCCACCUCAGCGGAUGGGCUAUGCGGAACACGAACAACCACAACUGCCAGAUUCUGAAGAAGUCCUGCCUGGGGGUGGUGGUGUGUGGCCGUAACUGUACCCUGCCUGACGGGGGCAAACUGCAGCUUCGGCCGGCUAUCUGUGACAAAGCCCGGCAGAAACAGCAAAAAAAACUGUGCAGCAACUGUAGCUCUGCACUGGAGCUGAUUCCUUGUCGUGGUCACAGUGGUUAUCCAGUCACUAAUUUCUGGCGACUAGAAGGAAAAGCGAUCUUCUUCCAGGCCAAGGGAGUUCAUGACCAUCCCAGACCAGAAAGUAAAUCAGAGACAGAAGCCAGAAGGAGCGCAGUGAAAAGGCAUUUGUCAUCGUCUCAGAUUUCCCAGAAAAAGAAGUUAAUAGAUGUCCAGGUGGGAAGAUAUAAUGAUAGUGGCGGCCAUUUUCCCAACAUCCCAAUUUCUUGUUUAGAAGGAUCAGAUCGCUUCAGUCUUGUAGCAGAUGGUAAUUUCACUAUUCCAGCUCAACAUUACACCUCAUUUCCAAAUGCAGAUCCUUAUAAAUCUACCUAUGAUUCUCAAGGAUAUCAGGGUGAUGCUGUUUCAUCAUUUCCAAAAUGUUCCAAUACAAGAAUAUAUAUGCCCAGAGCACCAUGUGGGUAUGACAUUCCUGUACCUGGCUACAUCAAUUCAAAUACAUAUCCUCCACUUUAUAAGGAGCCAGUAAGUGGUGUAGCUGAAGCUGAUCGAUGUCAAGGUAAUGGGCCCCAAAUAAACCUUGGUGUCUUGAACGCACAUGAAAGGAACUAUGAUGGUACGGGUAAACAUAAUGGAUGGAAACAGAUCUUUGGUAAAGCGGGCUAUGGAGACCGAAGUGACUAUGGACAGUUCCAGGGAAGCACCAAUCAUUCAUAUUACAAUGGGGAGUACCCAUGCAGGUUUGGUAGAACUCCAUCACCAGUUGCUCCAGCUUUGCAGACUGUUAUUACAACAACAACUAAGGUUUCAUACCAGGCCUACAAGCCUCCUGUAGUGAAGUACAGCGACAAUGUAUGUGACGUUAAAACUCUGCAAAACUAUACACACAUGCCGGACAGCUGUGCAGAAGGUGUGUAUCCAGAAAUAAAAGCUCAAGAUGAUUUUGGUGUUAUCAAAACAGCUCUAGGCUAUCAGGACCAGAUUCCUACAAAGUCAGAGAGAGCAGAUAACAUGGACUUCUAUCGGUAUGGCCCUUGCAUGGGGAACAGCUUUCCAGCACAGAACUACAGAUAUGAAAAUACUGACUACUGA